GGUCACUACUGUGUGAUAUCUGAGCGGCUGUAGCGGACAGGAUGUAGAAUGCGUAGGGUCUGUCUUCAUUAAUAUUUCUCACCUUUCUCUCUAUCUGUGGGCGUUAUCCUUUUGAACUUUACUCAGUUCCCAAUUAAUCCUAUAUAAUAAUUUUUGUGUUUCUACAUCAUCCGAAUGCAAAAGUCAUUUUCGAUUCACAAAGCUGACCUUCAAGAAGUCCUACAAGAAUUCAUCUCUGAUUUAAUUGAUUCAUGUCUAAUGGAUGAUAUUCUAAUAAUGCAUCGUGCAAUUAAGCUAGGAUAUUUUCAUAUUAUUGCUGCCGAAUCUAAUCAAGAUUUUCCCGAUAACAGUGGUACUUCGAAUUCAGGUUCUAGUAAGGAUCCAAACAAAAACACAAGUUGCUGUCGAUGUGGAAAAUGUAAUUGCAAAGUUGCUGCAACACGCUAUGCUGCUCAUUUGUCUAAUUGUAUGGGUUUGGGAAGAAACAGUUCUAGACGGGCAAACAAACGUAUAGCAGAACAGCAGCGUCUAGAAGACGAAACAGAAGACAAUUACCGCGUGUCGUCGUCUAGAGGCAUGGUUCGUUACAAGAGCUCUGCAAAUGCAUCUGGUCAGUUCGAAUGCAAAUAUUCCAACGGAUCAGUCAAUCGUCACCAGUCACCUCUAAAACUGACAAUUUCUCUGGUAUCAGGUGGUUCAGGAAAGUCAGAUCAGUCAUCAAAAAAUCAAGGAAGUUAAGGAAUCAAGUGCUGUCAAUACACUUAGCUAUUGAGACGAAAGUGACUCAGUGGGAAUCCGUCCAAAACUGUUAUGACCUAAUCUGUCCGCUGUCAUGAACAGUUUACGUUUCUAAACUAUCAAGUUUGUAAAUAGAAAUAUGAUUUUUGUAUUGUCUCAGUUGGUUGAAGUUGUUAUUUUGAUAUAUUUUGAUAAUACAAAGUUUGACUAACUCA